ACCUGGCACUUGUGCCCGGGCAGCAAUUUUUCCAGCUAGUCAAAUUACGAAAGCUUGGACUUAGUGAUAAUGAAAUUCAGCGGCUCCCUCCAGAAAUAGCAAACUUCAUGCAGCUGGUGGAACUAGACGUGUCUCGAAAUGAGAUUCCUGAAAUUCCAGAAAGCAUUUCAUUCUGUAAAGCACUGCAGGUAGCUGACUUCAGCGGAAACCCACUGACUAGGUUGCCAGAAAGCUUUCCUGAGUUACAGAAUUUAACAUGUCUUUCUGUAAAUGACAUCUCACUGCAGUCUCUACCUGAAAAUAUUGGCAAUCUUUAUAACCUGGCUUCACUGGAACUGAGAGAGAAUCUUCUUACAUAUCUUCCUGACUCUCUUACCCAGCUUCGGAGACUAGAAGAACUUGAUUUAGGAAACAAUGAAAUAUAUAAUUUGCCAGAAUCAAUCGGAGCCCUCUUACAUCUAAAAGAUCUCUGGUUGGAUGGAAAUCAGCUGUCAGAAUUACCUCAGGAAAUAGGAAAUCUGAAGAACCUGCUGUGCUUAGAUGUUUCUGAAAACAGGUUGGAAAGACUUCCUGAAGAAAUCAGUGGCCUGACUUCAUUAACGGAUUUAGUCAUUUCCCAGAACUUAUUAGAAACUAUUCCGGAUGGCAUUGGAAAACUAAAGAAACUGUCAAUCUUGAAGGUGGAUCAGAAUAGACUCACACAGUUGCCUGAAGCAGUUGGGGAUUGUGAAAGUCUCACUGAGUUAGUUCUUACAGAAAAUCAGCUCCUGACCCUACCUAAAAGCAUUGGAAAACUAAAGAAGUUGAGCAACUUGAAUGCAGACAGAAAUAAAUUAGUGUCCUUACCAAAAGAGAUCGGCGGGUGCUGCAGCCUCACUGUGUUCUGUGUGCGUGACAAUAGACUAACUCGGAUACCUGCAGAGAUGUCACAGGCAACAGAACUUCAUGUGCUGGAUGUGGCAGGGAACAGGUUGCUGCAUCUACCUUUAUCCCUGACUGCCUUGAAGUUGAAGGCUCUGUGGCUAUCUGACAACCAGUCCCAGCCCCUGCUUACAUUCCAGACAGACACAGACUACACCACGGGAGAGAAGAUUUUAACCUGUGUCUUACUUCCUCAGCUGCCUUCUGAACCUACUUGUCAAGAGAAUCUGCCUCGCUGUGGUGCGCUGGAGAACUUGGUAAAUGAUGUCUCUGAUGAAGCCUGGAACGAGCGUGCUGUCAACAGAGUCAGUGCAAUCCGAUUUGUGGAGGAUGAGAAAGAUGAAGAAGACAAUGAGACGAGAACACUUCUAAGGCGAGCCACUCCACACCCAGGGGAGUUAAAGCACAUGAAAAAGACAGUGGAGAAUUUACGGAAUGACAUGAAUGCUGCUAAAGGACUGGACUCAAACAAAAACGAGGUCAAUCAUGCCAUUGACCGAGUGACCACUUCUGUGUAGAGUUUCACCUCCGAGUUUUACCUCCUGUGUCUUCCUCUGCUGUCCAGACGUUCCUGUCUGCUUCCGGGGAGCCUCACGUGCUCCUUGUCUUAGCUAACCAGCCCCCGCGCGCCAUCCUCCCGUGGAGUGUGGGGAAGCUGCUGUCUCCCAGGAAGUGCCUUACUCGUCCCGCAACCAGUCAGCCACCAGUGGUCUCCCGGCGUGAUUUUUUUUUUUUUUAAAUUUCAGUUGUUUGUAAUAAGUAGAAUACACUACUGUAAACAUACGACCUUUGUUUUUGUCUUAUGUUGGGAUAAGGGAGAGCAGAAAGGGGAAUUUUUAUCCUACUCCCUUCCAUAAAGUGCUGGGACAUUUUGAAUCCCCCAGGUUCCCUUGGACCUACUGAUGAGAGAUAGUUUUAUGUAUGGGGAAAAAUGGAUACUUUUUAAACCUUUUUUGGCAGCUCAGAUGGUGUAAAUUUUAAAAUUUUGUAUAGGUAUUUCGUAACAAAAAUAUGUAUUUCUUUUUUGUUAUUUUAUCUUGAAGACGGUACAUAUUUUAGUAUUUGUGCAGAGAAACAAGUCCUAAAGUAUUUGUUUUUAUUUGUACCAUCCACUUGUGCCUUACUGUAUCCUGUGUCAUGUCCAAUCAGUUGUAAACAAUGGCAUCUCUGAACAGUGAGAUGAGAAUAGGAAUGUGGUAUUUUAAAGCAGUGUUGUAUUUUAAUCAGUAAUCUACCUGGCGGAUUUGUUUUUAACCAAAAAGAUGAAUUAUCAAUGAUUUGUAAUUGUAUCGGUUGAUUUUUUUUUGAAAAGAUGAACCAAAGGAUUUGACUGCUAAUAUUUUAUUCCUUACACUUUAACUUUUUCUGAAUAAGUCUCUCAUAAUGAGCGCAGUGUCAGACUGCACCUACUCUGAUGGUAUGUGCCAUUUGUAAAAUAAAAUAGAUCAGAAAAGCACAAAAAGAGAAAACUGGUUCAGACAUUCAGUGGGCAAAUAAAUUAUGUACUGCAAAAGAAUGAUUUUUAUUCAAGAAAGCUUUAAAAGUUUUAUAUCCAGAUAUACAACCACAAUAAAGCAAAAUAACCUAUCAAAAUAGAAAUGUUGCUAUCUUUAUAAGUGCAAUUUAAUUUGUAAAUAGAGUUUGAAUCAAAGUAUCAGAAAAUACUGCUUCAAGAUUUAAUUUUAAAUCUGCAAAUUUAAGGGAUAUUGGGAAAAGUUUUGGUGUGUUUCUGUUGACUUCUUUUUUGUAUGCUGUGAUAAAAGAGAAAUGAAAAGUGCCAGUCACUGUGUGGUGUCUAGGAAAAUCAUAUAUAUAUUUUUUUUCUCCAAGAAAUAAAUUCUUCCUGGACGUUGGCCAUACAGCUUUUAAAAAUUAUUACUUUGUAUGUUCAAGUGAUAGCAGGUAGCCAAAUUCUUUGGCAGUGUGCUCUGGUCUAUUACAUAUUUAAAUUACCCAUCAGUUGUGAGUGACCUCCUGUGGGACUUGCAUUCACACAGGGCAGAGCCCAGAAUUGCCUUUGACUCUGGCUGGUAAUUUUGGGUUGUGGCAGUCUGGCCAAGUGGACUGCUUAGAAACCCGUCUUCAACCAACCAAAUACAAUACUUUCUUUUACUUCUAUAUAUUUACUUAUUGGGUUCACUUAGCUUUUUUGGCUGUGUGUAUGUAAAUAUGUGUGUAUUUUAAAAACUAUUUAUGGAGCUGAAAGUACGUAGCAUAUAAGUGAGUUUCGGCUGGUCAAUUUUAUACCUUGCUCCCUAAUCUGUGUAUAGCAAUUUUCUUUUCUCUAUUUUAAGGUUUUUUGACAUCCUCUAUUUUGUUUUAACCUUAUAAAGAUGAUGCCACUAACUCAUGGACUGAUUAUAUAUAAGCAAAUUGUUUUAUUUAAUGGGAAUUGUCUUGACGUGGAAGAACAAGUAGAACUUG